CACAGGGAUUGGCUGCAGGGGGCGCGAGCGAGCAGGUGCUGACAGCUCUGCCAGUCUCAAACAUGGCGGUAGGCUCCUUGGUCGUCUACGGCCGAGUCACCGUUUCUCGUCCGUUUCGCGAGUAUCUCUCGCUCUCGGGGGAAAACCGCGCGGCCAGAGCUCGAGUGGAACCUUGCCGACGGCACGUUUGAAGUGGCAGAACGACGGAGUCAUGGAGGACGUGAUUGAGAUCAAUUCAGACUCGGACUCGGACGUGGAGAUAGUCGGGGUGACAACCCUGGCCCGAGACCUGAAGACCGAAAGCUGCGGAUUAUGCCGCUCCCAGCGUAACUGCUCGGAGGGAAACCGCUAUCAGGGGUCGCAGCAGCCAGGCUGCUCCUUCGGGGAAAAUAUUGAUUUGACAGGGGAUGAGAAUGAAGUGCACAAUCAAGUGAACAGCACUAAAGAUAUGGGGAGUAUGUGGGUCGAUUCAACUAACUAUUACCAAGCAGAGCAAAGCCCACAGAUUCCUGUUUCCAACAACUUGAAUCAUUUUAUGCUGGAUUCUGAUGAAGAUCUAAUGAAUGGUAAUGGAGGACACCUGUCCCCUGAGUUACAGACUGAUUCAAUGAAGGGCAGGGAAGAACCUGACCUCAAAGUUCUUCCCCUUCUAACAGCUAAAUUUACAACUGAAGAGAAUUCAUCAUUAUCAAUUUCCAGAAAGCUUUCUAAUGAAGACACUUUGCCAGCACUAGACUUCAUUGGUGUUGAUGAAACUUGGGAUUCCCACAUCACUGAAACAGAUGGGGAUUUCUGUAGAACUUCAAGUCAAUUAAGUAUCAGUUCUAUUUGCAGUGUAGAUUCAGCUACGGACACAAGUAUAAAUAGUGAUGUAGAAUCUCUGGAAACAUUUUUCCCUGAUGUAGUUGUUCCAUAUUCAUCACCAAGUAGUAAUGGAGGUCUUUUGGAAGAUCUUAAAAGCAUCUCUCAGGAAUCUGACCUCACAGUUGAUGAACUUGAAGCAAACUUAAGUAUGGAUAUUGAAGAUGUACCACCAUUGAUACCCCAGGACACUGAGGAUCUUAAAGUGAAUACUUUCCAUUUUGCUUCCAAUCUAAAUAUGCCAGCAAUGAAAUCUUGGCAGCAGCUUCCAAGUCAGGAUCAAAAAAGUGAAAGUGAUUUAUGUUCUUUACCAGUUGAAAGCAAAGCACAUGACAGUGCCUUGGCUUUGGAUCAGUGUGAUGAUCAGAAUCUAUCACCAAACAAAUCUGAAAGCCAUUUACUGACUUCAAACGAAACUAAGGAAGCAAGUCCAAACUGUUCUGUGGACAAAGAAUUGUUGAAAAAAUUUCACUAUUUCAUGGGAGUACCAGUUCAGCACUUGUUUGUUAGGCAUCUUGGAAAUGAAAAGUGGCACAAGGUAAAUCAAAAUUCUCAUUCAUCGACAGCUUGUCUAAAUAAAUCAAAGGAACCAGAGCUGAUCUCUCAGAGACAGUGCAGUAUGAUUAACAGCACCAUUGAUGAAAACUUUUGCCAAGGAACCCUUCAGUUUCUGAUGGAUUUUGUAUCCCCUCACCGUUAUCCGCCUCAUAAAAUUGUGCAGUAUACAAUCAAGAAGAUACUACUGAGCAAUGAAUCCUCCAGCACAAUUAUGUCUGCUUAUAUGACCCUAAUGAAGAUCCAACAGCUACAUCCUGCAAAUAUUUCUACAGUGCAGUGGGAUUGGGAACUACUGGCUUAUCAUGUGGAGAAAAAGGGCCAUCACAAGAAUGAUUCACUGGCCAGAAGUAAUCAACUGUUGUUCCUGCAGUAUGUUGUUCAGACUCUUGAAGAUGAUUUUCAACUGAAACAUGACAUGCCCCAAAAAUCCAUAGCCAAGUCUGUUCUAUCAUGUGAUGAUAAAUUUUCGAAUGUAAGGAGUGUCAUUAAGUGGCUUAUUGAUACUAUCUCCAAGAACUCUGAAGAAAUUCAAGAGGAAAAUGGCCCCACAUCAUCAGCAUCUAAUAACCAUCCGGUGGUGGGCACUAGGAAUCCAGAAGUUAUUUGUCUUCUUCAGAAGAUGCUUACUUUGGCUGUAGAAGUAGACAGAUCACCAACCUGCAGCUCAAAUAAAAUUGCAGAAGCAAUAUUUCAACACUUUAUUUAUAUUUCUGAAAGAUCACAAAGAUUAACAUUGUUAACAAGUAUGGAGAGCCAACUCCUGCGCUGCAAAUUGCUAGAAUUUCUCUUUGACCAUUGCACUAAAAAACAAAAUGCUCUGCCAAUGUCACUGGGAAAAGUGCUACAUUUUCUUAAAUAUGCAAAAUUUCCCUUGGAAACUGAUGACCAUCAUUCAAGCAAAUGGCAAUAUUGGGAUGAAUUUGUCCACCUUCUUUGUUUAUUGCUUCUAAGCUAUCAAGAGGUGACAAAACGUCACCUGAGAAUUUCAAUCACAGAGCGGUUGAAAUAUGUUCUAUCUGAUAUUCCUCCAGUGCUCACAACACAUGAUGUAAUCACUGAGAAAGAAGUUUUGAAAGAUAUGGAGGAAUUCUACAGCCGAGUAUUCAGUGAUGUGGGAAGACCAUUGAAACCACAAUUAGAAGAACAGAUCAGUCUACUGAAGGGUCUACUGCUUUGUGCAGCAAAUAGAACAUAAUUUAUUUACAUUUAUUUUGAAAAGACUUUUUUAUACAAUAUAAACUGUGAUCUCCUUUAACCAGCUAUCAUUUCCUGCACAAUGUGAUGCACUGGAAUUUUGAAUCUCCGUUUUUUAAUUUAUUUUCAAAACAUGUCAUUAAGGCUUCUCCCAAUGAGACACAUACCUAUUUGUUAAAUAUAUUAUAAAGAUGUCUACUGUGGCUUUAUUUUCUUUAUUCAGAAUCAAAAGACUGGGAUUACCUCCAAAGUUGUCUUGCCUUACUGGUUUUACCCCUCUGAAUUUUAAAAUCCAAAUUGUCAGAUGUUUUCAGGUUUCUUCAAUAUAUUGAAAUGGAAUUUAUAUGUGCAAUGUCAUAGUGAGAGGGGAUCUUUUGUGUUUGUGUGAUCUAUUUGGUCAAACACAAAUUCAGGGUUGAUUUGUUCAAACAAUGGUUAUUACAUAUCAUGUAUCAUCUGAUGCCUGGAUUUAUGGUUUUCUGUAUGACUCUGAUUAUUCCCCUAGCUCAAUGAGUUUCUCUACUUUUUUAAAGGAUGAAUUUUAUUGAAAGGUUGAGGCAGUUAAAAUUGUAUACCUGAUGUGUUUAUAUUUUCUAAUUUUUAUGAAUGCAAAAGAGAUUGAUUGGUAUUCCACCAUCAUGUCUCUUUUAAAAAUUGAUAACUGUGAGAUAACUGUACAAUUUUAAACGAUUUUGGCAGGAGAUGCAGAAUAGGUCAGAGGAUGGGGCAUUUGAUAUACAGGUAGAUGCAGCAUGUAGAAAGACUGUGUGAGAGAUAGUUGAUAGGUCAAAAUUGCAGUCAGUGGGAUGUGUUGAAAGUGUGGCCUAUCUGCAGAAAGGGAGAACAUCCGGACAGAUUGUCUACUGAGAUAGUAUGGGUACAAGUCAGGAACAGGAAAGGAAAAAUCACUCUGUAGGAGAAAACAACCCAAGUUUGUCCAAACUCUCCCUAUGGCACAUGCCUUUUAAUCCAGGCAGCUUCCUAGUAAACCUUUCUCUGCAGUCUCUCCAAAAUGACCACAUCUUUCCUAUGAUGGGAUAACAACAGCUGUAUGAAAUAACUUACGUGCUGUCUGCUAGAAUUUUAUAAAGCUGCAUCAUAACUUCCCAAUGCUUGAACUGAAUUCCCCAGCAAGUAAAAGCAAGCAUGCCAUUGUGCCUUCUUUAUCACCCUGUCAACAUGUAUAGCCACCUUCAGGGAGCUAUGCACUUGGGCCCAAAAUCCCUUAACAGUAUACUGUCUCUUUAUAUGUGAUUUCCCAAAGUGCAACACCUGCAUUUGGCCAGUUUUAACUCCAUCUUCCUUUUUUUCAGCUAUAUUUGCAACUGAUCUAUAUCCCUCUUUGUCCUUUGUCUGGUCUUCUGUGCUGUCCACCACACUACUGAUCUUACUAUUAUUGGCAUACUUUUCAUCCCAAUCAUUUUUAUGUAUCUUAAGGGUUCUUUUCAUAAUAGUCAACAAGUCCAAAGUAUUUCUUGUAUGCAAGCCAAUGUACAUGAAUAUUAAUGUACGUCAAAGUCAAAUAUUCAUUAUUCAUCCACUCGUUUCCAUUGUAUGAUGGGGUAGGUGGAACCCCUGUAAUGGUAAAUAAUGAAGAUUCUACUGUAAGAUAAUAUUGCACUAUAAAGUUAGCUGAACAUGUAUGGAUUAAGAGCUUCUUUGUUAUUCAUUGAAUACAAAAAUUCCGAAUAAAAGUAUUUCUCAUA